AUGCUUUACCUCGUCGGCCUCGGACUGUCCGAUGAGACGGACAUCACGGUCAAGGGCCUCGAGAUUGCCAAGAACGCCUCGCGCGUCUAUCUGGAGGCUUACACGAGCAUCCUCCUCGUUGACCAGUCCGUUCUGGAGAAAUACUAUGGCCGGUCCAUCGUAGUUGCCGACAGGGAGAUGGUCGAGUCGAACAGCGACGAGAUCCUGCGCGACGCGGCGAUUGUCGAUGUGGCCUUCUUGGUCGUCGGCGACCCGUUUGGCGCAACGACUCACACAGACCUGGUGCUCCGCGCACGCGAGCUCGAUAUCCAAGUGCGGACCGUUCCGAAUGCGUCCAUAAUGUCGGGCAUCGGCGCGGCGGGUCUGCAGCUGUACAAUUUUGGGCAGACGGUCAGCAUGGUCUUCUUCACAGACUCGUGGCGCCCCGCGAGCUUCUACGACCGAAUCAAGGAAAACAGGUCCAUCGGGCUGCAUACGCUUGUCCUCUUGGAUAUUAAGGUCAAGGAACAGAGCAUGGAGAACUUGGUUCGGGGAAGGAAGAUAUUCGAGCCUCCUCGCUAUAUGUCGGUAGGUACCUGCGCGCAGCAGAUGCUCGAAAUCGAAGAAGAAAAGGGCGAGGGCGUAUAUGGCCCCGACAGCUUGGCCAUUGGUGCAGCCAGGGUUGGCGGGAAGACGGAAAAGUUUGUGGCUGGCACCUUGAAGGAGCUCUGCGACGCAGAUGACGCGCUUGGCCCACCUUUGCACAGCAUGGUCCUGCUCGGACGUCGGACCCACGAAUUGGAGCACGAGUAUGUCCGCGAAUUUGCCGUCAACAAGGAAUCAUGGGAUAAGAUAUGGAAAGCCGAAUACGAGGGUAAGCAAUGA